AUGAACUUCCUGAUGAGAGAUCCAGUCAUACAGGGAUCAAGUAUGGCAUAUCAUCCGUUUAUACCUCACCGGGGUCCGGAAUUUGCCAUGAGCGCAAUGCUGGGUCAUCAGCCGCCUUUCUUCCCGGCCUUGGCGCUCCCUCCCAGCGGCUCCCUGUCUCUACCGGGCGCUCUGGGGAAGCCGAUUAUGGACCAGCUGAUGGGAGCCGCAGACACCGGCCUUCAUUUUUCCUCGCUAGGGCACCAGGCUGCAGCCGCUCACCUGAGGCCGUUGAAGACUCUGGAGCCCGAGGAGGAAGUGGAGGACGACCCCAAAGUUCAUCUGGAAGCCAAGGAGCUCUGGGAACUUUUCCACAAAAAAGGAACGGAGAUGGUGAUCACUAAAUCUGGAAGGCGGAUGUUUCCCCCGUUCAAAGUGAGGUGCACAGGUCUGGACAAGAAGGCCAAAUAUAUCCUCCUGAUGGAUAUCGUCGCAGCAGACGAUUGCAGGUACAAGUUCCACAACUCCCGCUGGAUGGUGGCGGGGAAGGCCGACCCCGAGAUGCCAAAGAGGAUGUACAUCCACCCGGACAGCCCCGCCACGGGUGAACAGUGGAUGUCGAAAGUAGUCAACUUCCACAAGCUCAAGCUGACAAACAACAUCUCCGACAAGCAUGGAUUUGUAAGUUCAACUAAUACCAUUCUUAAUUCCAUGCACAAAUAUCAGCCUCGCUUUCACAUUGUAAGGGCCAAUGACAUCCUCAAGCUCCCGUACAGCACUUUCAGGACAUAUGUUUUCCCCGAAACAGACUUCAUAGCAGUGACUGCUUAUCAAAAUGACAAGAUAACCCAGCUAAAAAUCGACCAUAACCCAUUUGCUAAAGGAUUCCGUGACACUGGCAAUGGGAGGCGAGAAAAAAGGAAACAGCUGGCUCUGCAGUCCAUGCGAUCCUACGAGGACCAGCAGAAAAAGGAAAACGGCGCUUCGGACGACUCCUCUGGCGAGCAGGCUUCCUUUAAGUGCUUUGGGCAGGCCUCAUCCCCCGCCGUGUCCACAGUGGGCCCCCCACACCUGAAAGAUUUCUGCGACAGUGAGGAGGACAGUGACGACGAGAGCAAGGAUGGCAACCACAAAGAUGGUCCAGAUUCCAGUAAGAUCUCGACCACCACUGGGGAUGGAAAAGAUCACGAAGCAAGCCCAACUAAGGGACAUCCUUUCAAUAGCAGCGACUCCACAGCCAGGAGGACUGAGAAAAGCCAGGCAGACUCUCGACAGAGUCCAAUCACAGUCAUCUCCAGCACCACACGUUCUGCAGAAGAUCUGAAGAGCCCGAACCUGGACCAGUCCAAAACAGAUGAAUGUAGGUCAAUAAGCAAGGACAGCUUCAUGCCAUUGACUGUUCAAACUGACAGCGCGCACAUGAGCCACAACCACUUGCAUAACUUUGGAUUUCCGCCAGGCCUGACAGGACAGCAGUUUUUCAAUCAUCUGGGGAGUGCGCAUCCAUUUCUGUUGCACCCCAGUCAAUUUAACAUGGGGGGUGCAUUCUCAAAUAUGGCAGCUGGAAUGGGACCUUUACUAGCAGCGGUGUCUUCAGGAGGGGUGAGCACUAUGGACACGGCCAGCAUGACAUCACCUCCACAGAGCCUGACCGGGGCACCAGGCCUGCCCUUUCAUCUGCAGCAGCAUGUCUUGGCAUCCCAGGGCCUUGCUAUGUCACCUUUCGGAAGUUUGUUCCCCUAUCCGUACACCUACAUGGCAGCAGCGGCCGCGGCCUCCUCCGCCGCGUCCUCCUCGGUUCACCGACACCCGUUUCUUAACGCAGUGCGCCCCCGCCUCAGGUACAGUCCCUACUCGCUUCCCAUGACGGUUCCGGACAGCACGCUGCUCACCACCGCCGCGCCCCCCAUGCCUAGUGGCGGUGGAAGCGGGCCUGAGCUGAAAGCGGACGGGCUUAUCCCCAACAGCCUGGACUCCACCUCGGAGGUGACCAGCCACUCCUCUGGGAUCCCCUCCGCGUCCCCAAAGACCUGCGCGGAGAAGGACGUCGCCAACGAGCUGCAGAGCAUCCAGCGCCUGGUGAGCGGACUGGAGUCCAGUCAGGACAGGCCCAGGAGCGGAUCCCCUUAACCCACCAACACCCACAGUCCACCUGCUGCUCCAAAAGUGAACCUUCUAGACGGUGAUAAAAACUCCUGCAGGUUUUUAAUAGAAAAACAAAAAAAACCUUUUAAUUUCUGAAAUGCACUUUGUUUAUUACACAUCUAAAUGUAUAUUUUUAUCUCCUUCUUGGUUAUUUUCUCUUUUUAUUAAUUUAAACUACACUUAUGUUUCCGACUUUUUCCUGUUUUUUGAAUACCGAACAAGUAUUGAAACUGAAAACGCUGGCAUGGGUGUGAAUAAUACAGAUUACAGAGAAGUUGCUGCUGUGUCCUGUCUCCUGUAACUCUAAACGUAUGCACUCCGAAUUGACUUAUUCCGUUUGGACCUACCUUCUAUGUUUUUGAUUAUUCUACAAAAGAAUACUGCUGUAUUUUCUCGUACGCCAUGAAUUAAGCAAUUGUUGCAUGCCUUCGAAAAUUCAAAUCCGAUUUUCUUUUUUUUUGUUUGUUUGUUUUUUGUUUUUAUAAAUACUUUCCCUCACAUUUUUUUCCUUUUAAUUACAUUAAAAAUAAAAUCAAAUUAGUUUUUCCUAAAGUUUUGUUUUUGGAAAGGUCUACUGAAAGAAUGGUGCUCCGGGACAAAACUGAGGCGCAAGCAUGUGGAAUUAAGGGAAGCAGAAAUUUAAAGUAAAUAUUGAAAAAAAAAAAAAAAUGAAUGGUAGUAUUGAUCAUUGAUGUAAAUAGGGAUAUAUAAAAAUAUUUAUGUAAUUAUUUGAUAUUGUUAUUGCGUGUAAAUACAACGGAGUAGUUUGUUUCCAGGGAUCUGUUCUUAAUUUAUUGUUGAUAUACCUGUGUAAAGACGGUUUGUGGACUAUUACCCCAUCUGCAUUUAUAUUUCCCCUUAAAACACAGACUGCAAAUCCCCGAAAACAACGUUCACAAAGAGAGAAUUAUUCACAAUCAUGUGCCAUUGUAUUUUCACCUGUCCUUGUGAGUGAAGUGCUACUGUUUGAAACGAAUGAAACUGCGACAACGCACUGCACCAAUGGCUUGAAAAUAGAAAAUACAUUUUUUCCUCCUCUUUGUUCUUUUUAAGUGUUGUUGAAGUGUGACAAAAGUGAAUUUAUUUUUCUCCUGUUUUUUUUUUAAGUCUGAUCCUCUUUUCUUCUCAAAAAAAGUGCCGCAUAAUCGAAAAAUAUGAAGGUUUUUUCCUCUCUGUCUUUUUUUGUGUUACUUAAUUUGUCUGUGGGUUAUGUUGUAUUGGAGUUAUGUCUAGUUUACAUCAUCGACAUUGUGUUCUUGAAAGUUUCAAUAAAAAA